GCCAAAACCACCGGCCUUCGGGGUAGCUCAAAUGGAGAUGGCGGCGCUCCGGGCGGCGCUCGACCGGCAGGCCGCCGCCGUCCGGGACCGCCUCGCCGCCGGCUCAGCCGCCUACCGCGCCGCCACCCUCUCUUCCCGCUCCAGCGCGCACCAAACCCUCUCGCGCCGAGAGGACCUCGAUGGACUCAGGAGGCAGUUGCAGGGCCUGGAGGAUGACCUAGCGCAAGCUCUGUCCAUUAAACUCGCCAAGGAGUCAAAAUGUGAACUCGCAAGGGAUUCAAUUUCAAGCUUGGUUGCUACAAAUGAGCAACUUGUGAACCUGGUGGACGAACAGAGGAACAAGAGAGACCAGUACGCCAGGGUCAUAUCGAAUGAGCUCGAGGCUGUUGAAGCUCUUGAAGCAAAGAAUAGAGAAGGUGAAACAUGGCAGAAGGACAUUGAGAAAGCUGUCUUCUGGUACCAAAAGUUCCUUGGCUUACAGGUCGUUGUUGAAGGAGAAGGUGUGAAAUUCAUCUUCGACAAAGUUGACUUGCAAAGUCCUGAGAAGGAGUAUUCAUUUUCCUUAAAGUUUGACAAUGAUAAAUACACAUUACAUCAAUGUAGUCCUCCUGUGGAAGAUUCUGAGGAACUGGUGAAGGAAUUGAACCUCACUAACGAUAUGUUCAAGUUUCUAAGAAUAAUCAGACAGAGGUUCCAGGCUGCUACUGUCAGUGGGACUCUUCCUGUAAGCCCAGUUGUUUGUCCAGAUGCUUCCUCUAGACCAGUCUCAUCUCCAGUGGUAAUGUCAGUUGACUCCAGAAGCAGAAAUGUUGCUGAUCAAAGUCAUUCCCAAAGUAAGAACAAGAAGCAAGCUCCUACUAAGAGAAGAGCUUCUGCCUUAUCGGCAGCAUCUCCUGGUUCUGUGCGUCGCUCCCCGCGUUUGGCAGCAUCUCCUUGUUCUGUGCGUCGCCUCCCGCGUUUUUGGGAAAACAAGUGAGCCCUGAGCUGAAGCAAGCAGACUCUAAUGGGCAAACAAACUGAUCCUUCAUCAAAUGUAAUCACCACUUCCAGAUAGAACCACUAGUAGUAAACCUUCAGAUUUGUUGUCGAUCAUGUAUAAUAAAAUAUUUUCGUUGCGUGCAAAAAUUCUUGUAAGUUUGUCAAUGCCUUCCGUGACGUGGCGUUGUCGUGUGCAUUUUGGGCAUGUUUAAAAAUAAAAGGUAGAGAUUGGGCAUGUUAUAAAUACAAUGGGUUGUAUGAUUGCUUAUGGACACUAACUAAAAACAUGUUAUAAUACAAUGGGUUGUAUGAUUUCGAAA